AUGAAUAAUCUCUUACCACUUCAAGAUCAAGAAAACAUCAAUCCAACAACGUGCUUAACGAACAAAGAAGAGAAAGAUGUGUUACAUUUAAUAACACAGCUAAAAAAUACAUUGAAUUCAGUACAAAAUUCUAUUACUGAAAUACAACAAGGUCUUAAUGAUUUGUCAAAUAAAAUCCAAAAACAGGAUGAAAAAGUCCAAAAACUGGACGAAAAACUUCAAAAACUUGCUGAAGAACUGAACCGUGUGAAACAUAUGUGUCAAGAUAACUCCAGUGAUUCAACUUCAUCGAAUAUCUAA